AUGACGAGUGCAAAGUUACCGGUGGUGUUAUUUAGAGGAAAGGUCGCAGUUGUGUCUCACCACGGGCUGAUUCAGACGUCUGAACCAGAUAUCAGAAAGGUUUUCAUCCUGACAUUGGUUGUUUGUUGAAUCGGCAUCAUGGCGCUUCUCAGAGGUGUAUUUGUUGUAGCUGCCAAGCGCACUCCGUUUGGUACCUAUGGUGGCGUGCUAAAGGAUCACAGUGCAACAGAUUUAGCUGAGCAUGCAGCCAAAGCCGCCCUCGCUGCAGGGGCCGUAGCACCGGAACUUGUAAACAGUGUCAUCAUGGGAAAUGUCAUGCAGAGCUCAGCUGAUGCACCCUACAUCGCUCGCCAUGUGGGUUUGAGGUGUGGUGUUCCUAUCCCAGUGCCCGCUCUCACUGUGAACAGACUGUGUGGGUCUGGUUUCCAGUCCAUCAUCAACGGUGCUCAAGAGAUUUGCCUUAGGGAGUCAGAGGUGGUCCUGUGUGGAGGCUCAGAGAGCAUGAGCCAGGCCCCAUACGCUGUACGCAACAUACGAUUUGGUACAAAGUUUGGAUUCGAUCUCAAGCUAGAGGACACCCUGUGGGCAGGUCUAACCGACCUGCAUGUCAAAAUCCCAAUGGGCAUCACAGCCGAAAACCUGGCAGAGAAAUACCAGAUCACACGGGAAGACUGUGACAGCUACGCACACCAGACGCAACAGAGGUGGAAGGCAGCUCACGAGGCAGGUUACUACACAGCAGAAAUCGCUCCCAUUGAUGUGAAAGCUAAGAAAGGAAAGGUGCCCAUGGCUCAGGAUGAACACCCUCGUCCACAGACCACAGUGGAACAGAUGGCCAAACUGGCUCCUGUCUUCAAGAAGGGAGGGACUGUUACUGCUGCCAACGCUUCCGGUGUAUCUGAUGGUGCUGCCGCUGUGGUGAUUGCAAGUGAAGACGCAGUGAAAGAACACAAGCUCACUCCACUAGCCAGAAUUGUGGCUUAUCAUGUCUCAGGCUGUGACCCAAGUAUUAUGGGUAUUGGUCCUGUUCCAGCGAUCACAGAAGCUCUUAAAAAAGCUGGUUUGACACUCAGUGACAUGGAUCUUGUGGAGGUGAAUGAGGCUUUUGCAGCUCAGUACCUGUCUGUUGCUAAGGCUCUUGGUCUGGAUCCAGAAAAAAGCAACGUAAACGGUGGAGCCAUUGCCAUCGGACAUCCUCUUGGUGCUUCUGGAGCACGCAUCACUGCCCACCUGGUUCAUGAGCUCAGGCGACGAGGAGGCAAGUACGCUGUUGGCUCUGCCUGCAUCGGUGGUGGUCAGGGCAUCGCCAUCAUCCUCGAAAAGUGCUAAGAGAUGACAUUGUCAAUGUCAGAAGAAUUUCUGUAGAUGAAUGUCUAGCAUAACAUUUAUUAAUACAAUAGACACAAUAGAUUUUUUUAAAAAAUCUUUCACAUACAUACAGUUUAAAACUGCAAAUGUUCUGCUGCUUAGUUUUUCCUUGGCACACAAAGUAAAUAAUCACUUACCAUUUUUUAUCGUAUUUGUUACCUCUUUCAGUCUAUUUUUUCAAAAAUGUCAAUACACGUGUCAGUCCAGUGUUGCCUUGGAAUUGUUGCCGUGAAAUUAAAGUGUAACUCGUGUUUCUGUGCUCUUUGUACCAGAGUGCAAGAGACUGUUUAUAUGUGCCUCGAAUACAGCACAUGUAGCAUAUGAUUAACUGCUAAAGUACAGUAUGUGAUGGGUUAUAGUAAGGUUAAAAUGGACUUGGACGUUUGCCUUAAAAUGUUCUCUUUCACUCCAGUAUCAGGGAUCGGUAUUGCCAGAAAAUACUUGUCUGACUUUUGAUGGCUCCAUGAAAAACUGAUUUUGUAUUUCCGUGUGAAAGAAUCUCAAUAAAUAACAUUUAAAAGGAA